AUGGGGAUUCCCGGCAUCUUUUGCGGCAUCUAUACAUUUUUCUUCCUACCAAAUUGCCCUGAGACCGUCGACUUCCUCACAGCGUCCGAAAGAGAGGCAAUUCUAUCUGACCUCCCAGAGCAGGCACCGACCAUGAAGUCCAAGACAAUUGACCUCCAACAAGUCAAGGGUCUUUUCUGCGAUCCGACCUUUGUCCCAUUCUUGAUGAUUUGGAUUACCCACGGCAUCGGCGGAUGGGGCAUCUCCUUUGUCCUACCGACUGUCAUAUAUGAACUCGGCAUCUCGAACACUGCUAUUUCUCAGGUGAUGACCAUGCACCCUUUUACGCUGGUCUUCGUCAUAUUAUUAACGCUGGCAUUCUUUGUCCACACGAAGCGACUUAGUCCAUGGGUCGCUGGCUUGGGCCUAGAAGCUGCCCAGAUUGUCUGUUAUGUGCUUUUAAUCACAGUCAAGCAUCCUAUUGCCAAAUACAUAUUCGUCAUGAUUGCAACCGCCGCAUCUCAAAGCUUCUUCGCUAUAAUAUGGCCAGAGCGCAUUAGAGCCGCGAAGGGAACGACGAGUGCGGGCCUUGCCAUUGGUGUGACCAACGCAUCGUGUCAGCUCAUGGGAAUUGUAGGUCCCCAGAUAUACCAGUCGAUAUUUGGCCCUACGUACCGGGUGAGCUACUCCUGCUCCAUCGGUCUGCUCUGUGGAACGCUGUUGGCUGUUUCUGCUGCCUGGUUCUUCGUGGCUAGGCAGGACCGGAAGGAAACCAGCUGAAGCAGCUUAUGGCGCUUCUCGUUCAUGAUAUAUCUCUGUCGGAACAGCAAGGCUGAUAAGGAGCAAUGGGCAGGUAUCGUGGGCUGGCUGGCGCCUGCCCUGGGCGAAGUGGGACAACUGGCUUAGUCACCACGGCCGGUUAAGGUGGGGCAACCACCCAGGCCGUCACCACCUACUUCGAUCGGCCCCUGCCCACAAUGUAAAUAGGAAGAAGAACAACAACAGCAAUUAUCACGGACAUCGACGUGAUUGUUGCCGAAGAUACACCCUCAUGAGGAAAUGUAUCACGCCUGUGAUACCAAC